UCCAAAAAAGCAUUUCCUCCUGCUGUGGUUGGGCGUAAAAGCCUGCCUGGGGAGGGCUGGCGCUCACUCACCACACGUCGCGUGCUGCUGACGGCAGACAUGGGGUGCCGGGGCACCCUGCCCGGGCACUGAGCUGCCUCGACACCCCACUGCACCUGCUGCCCCACUCCCCUCACCGCCCCGGCAUGACCCAGCCGCAUCGGCCACAAGGAUGAAGUCUUGCUGCCCUGGGGUGGCUUGGGUGACCUUGGCAGCGCUGUGGCUGGCGGCCAGCGAAUCUCAGCCCCCAGGGUGGCGGGUCCGCGCCGUGCCGCGAAGGCAGCGGGUCCUGGUGCAGCCGCACCUCCGCCUGCGGAGACAUCCCGCCGGCAUGAGCGGCAGACCCCCGUGUCCCGCCGGCAUGAACUGGAUCGACGCCACUCAACAGUGCUGCCCUCAGUGUCCCGCAGGGACAUUCCUGUCCAAGCCCUGCACCAGCCCUGAGAAUGGCAGUGUGUGCCUCGCCUGUCCCACCGGCACCUUCCGCACCCAGCCCAACACCCUCACGAAGUGCCAGGCUUGCUACGAGUGUGACCAAACAGCUUUCCAGAGUGUUCUGAGCAACUGCUCGGCCACCAGCAAUGUCGCCUGUGGCUGUGAGCCCGGCCACUUCCGUGUCUGCUUUGGAGAGCCUUGCAUCGAAUUCUCUUGCCGGAAAUGCCAGCCCUGCACCGGACGCCUCAUCCAGCGACCCUGCUCGGAGGAGCAGGAUGCACUUUGUGACAGCAGCUGCAAGCCUGAUUUCUACAGAGAGGGUGACGAGUGCCGGCCAUGCCACACGAGCACCGUGGACACGUGUGGCAAAGAGUGCCAGCAAGCAUGUGGCAUGAACAAUGACCAAGGCUCGGGUCUGGAGUACAUCCUGCUGGGACUCACCGGGCCUCUCUUCCUGUGCGCUCUUGCCAUCUACCACAAGAGGAAGAGGCAGGAUGCCCUGGCAGGUGGUCCCCUCCCCACAGCACAGCCCGCCACCUCAAUGACCAGGGCUGCAGCCACACCAUGGCACCAGUUCAGUGCCCAGAGGUGGGACAACCUGUGCUGGACCCAGCCACGCUCCCUACAGGGGAUGAAGCGUGCCGCUGGCACAGCAAAGCAGAGCCUCGAACACCAGGCAAACACUCAAACACUGCUGUGUAAGCGGCCCAGUGAUGAAGGGGAGACCCCUGCACCCCCAGAGCCCCGCAGUGCCCUGCUGCAGGGCAGCCAGCUUUACGCUGUCAUCGAUGUGGUGCCAGUACGGCGAUGGAAGGAGUUCAUGCGGAUGCUGGAGCUGCGGGAGGCAGAGAUCGAGCUGGUAGAGCUGGAGGUGACCCACAUCCGUGACCAGCAGUACGAGAUGCUGAAGCGCUGGUGCCAGCAGACCAGUGCCACACUGGACCACGUCUUUGGCGCCCUGGAGCGCAUGGAGCUGGCCGGCUGUGCUGAGGCACUGCGCCAGAGUCUGCCCGUGGGACCCUGAUCCCCGGUGUCAGCACCCUGGCAGCGGGAGGUCCUGACACCUCCACAUCUCACUGGGCACCUCAUCCCAGCCACACCCCUAAGUAUUGUUACUUAUGCCGUGUAGACAUUUUAUGUCAGUUUUAUGUCCUCUUCCCACCUGCCUGUCCUCUCUAUUUAUGUCCCCCUGCUCCUAGAGCCAGGAGGGACCUCAUGGCCCCGCAACGUCGGCUGCCCAGCCACUCGCGGGACGA